AUGAGUCUUGUUUUGAGUCGACUCAAAACACGACUCAUUUCACGUGGUGGUUGGACCACUGGCCGGGGAGACGUCGUGGAGUGGCUAAAGGUAGGUGGAAGUGGGUCUCACUUGCUGCCUUUUCACCCUUGUCCUUUUGCCACUGGUCCCGCCCCACCUCUCUCUCUCUUUCUUCCUCUUCUCGUCGUCCAAUGGAGUUUCCUGGUGGGGUUCAUGCCUAAAGAGGGCUUGGUGCUGCACGCCCUGGUGUACGACGACGGCAGCAGUGGCAAGAGAGGCACUUACCUCCUACCCCUUACCCCCUUUUCCCUCCCUGCUCCCCCUUCCCUUCCAGUGGAGUUUCUGGGUGGGAUUCACACCAAAAGAAGGCCUGGUGCUGCUUUGGCAUACAACGAUAGCAGCAGCGGCAGGAGGGGCAUUGCAUACCGGCUGAGUGUAUGUGAGAUGGUGGUGCCGUAUGGCGACCCCCACGAGCGCCACUUCACUCCCCUUACUCUCCUCCCGUCCUCCAUUUUUCUAUCCCUUUCCCCCUUCCACUCUCUCCCCUACUCCCCCCAAAUGCCCGCCUUCUCCUUCCCCUGCUCCUUGAGAGAGAAGCAAGGGAGGGAGGACGGGCUGGGGAAGAAUGCCCACUGUCUGAAGAAGGUGCGUGCUGUUAGAAGAGGUGGUGGUGUUGCAGUGUGUGGGUUUGCUGGUGGGGUUGCUGGUUGGGGAUGGUGGUGGGGGGGUUCCUGUCGGGUUGCUGUGGAGAUGCUGGUGGGGGAUGCUGGUGGGGGCUAUGACUGUCUGGACUUCAUCCGCUACUUCGACACACACAUGAGCAACUUCAUCGGAGGGGUGGAGACGAUAGAGAAAGGGCUCUCCCAUACCCCACCCCCCUAUCCCCACCAGGGCUGCAAUUGUUUAGGCUUCAUCCGCUACCUUGAUGCACACAUGAGAAACCUCCUGGGUGGCGCCUGCGAUUGUCUGGGCUUCAUCCGCUACUUCGAUGCGCACAUGAGCAACUUUCUCGGCGGCGUCGAGACGAUAGAGAACGCCGUGUGCAUGCAUGAGGAGGAAUAUGGCAUGCUCUGGAAGCACGUGGACUGGUGCUCGAGACACGCUGAAGUGAGGCGAUCAAGAAGGCUCGUGCUGUCGUUUCUCUGUACGAUUGGGAAUUACGACUAUGGCUUCUUCUGGUAUCUCUACCAGGUAGGACGGCAAGAUCGAGGCUCAAAUCAAGCUGACGGGGAUCUAAUCAGUGGGAGCGUUGAGGGAGGGCGAGGAGAGGAGGUACGACACGUUGCUGGCACCGUGGCUGUACGCUCCCAUCCACCCCUCUCAUUCCUCCACUCCCCCCAUUCAUCCCACUCCCCCCAGUCCCCUACUCUCUCCACUGCCCUCUCAUUUCUCCUCCCCCCUCCCCUUCCUCCUCUGCUCUCUCUCCACUCUUCCACACCACAAGAUGGCAAGAUCGAAGCGCAAGUAAAGCUGACGGGCAUUCUGUCGGUGGGCACUCUGAGGGAGGGCGAGGAGAGGAGGUACGGGACGUUGCUGGCGCCAGGGCUGUAUGCUCCUAUUCACCAGCACUUCUUUGUGGCUCGCAUGGACAUGGCUGUGGACUGCCGCCCGGGGGAGGCGGCUAAUCAACACUUCUUUGUGGCUCGCAUGGGCAUGGCUGUAGACUGCCACCCGGGCGAGCAGGCUAACCAGCAGGUGGUGGAGUUAUUCCUUGCCGCUGCCCACCUCCCCCUGCCCACCUCCCCCUGCCCACCUCCCCCUGCCCACCCCCCCCUGCCCACCUUCCCCUGCCCACCCCCCCCUGCCCACCUCCCCCUGCCCACCUCCCCCUGCCCACCUCCCCCUGCCCACCUUCCCCUGCCCACUCCCCCCUGCCCACCUCCCCCUGCCCACCUCCCCCUGCCCACCUCCCCCUGCCCACCUCCCCCUGCCUACCUCCCCCUGCCCACCUCCCCCUGCCCACCUCCCCCUGCAUGCGGGAUGUGA